GCCUGACAGAGGCGGACGUUGGCUUCGCUCCUGCCGAAGCUGAGUUCUCGGCCGCCAUGGAGGCGCUGGGGGUGAUCUGGGGUUUGCUGCGCCUCUUGCUGGCCGUGUCCCUCCUGGCGUUUGGCCUCUACUGCUGCUACAUAAAAUCUAUCCAUAUGAAAUACGAUUACAUCCCCAGCGCCCCGAGAGCGAGGUAAGAAGCGGGAGCGUCGACAAGUUUCCUUUCCCGAUUCUAUCCAGGGAAGCAGGAUAAACUACAGAGCAGCAGUCAGCGGUCUGGAUCCCCCCCCCCCCAUGCUGGCUGGGGUUAAUGAGACUUUUAGCCCCAAAUAUCUGGAGGGUAGUAAGCUUCCAAGGGUAGUUUCUUCCCAGUACAAUCCGUGCGUUUUUACGCAGAAGGAUGUCCCCUGCUAUGUUCCAGGGGACUUUCCGCGCAUGCCUAUGUUUGCUCAAAAGUAAGCAAACUUCAAUGGGGUUUACUCCCUCGUAAGUGGCGGGUUUAGGAUUUGGAGGUUCAACCUCCCCCACUCCACCGCCCCUUCCAAGCAAACUGUUUAUGAUGCAUCUUGGUCAGGCGCUAUCCAGUUCAGUUUCCUUUGGCUUCUUUGCUUUUGGCAAAGAUCCAGGCUGGAGCAAAUUCAUGUCGCACAGUUGAAGUCGGUUUGGUAUUCUACUUGCUCAAAGAACCCCCUCCCCAAAUCAGACCCCCCCCCCGGUUUUUUUCAUCGAUAAGGAAGGCCAUGGGGGAAAUGGACCGGAUUGUUUGCAACAUCUACAACCUCCCCGCAAUCAGUUUGCAGUGGAUACUCAAUAAAUAGCAGGUGUUGUCCAAGCUUUUUGCAGACUUUGUGCAAAUAAAUUCCGAGGAACAUUAAAAAAAAAAGUCGUCCGGUUUGUUUGUUUGUUUGUUUAAGCAGCAGCAGCAGAUCAGCUUGAAUUGUGGAACUUGCAUUUGUUAGUAUGUGUUUGAAUCAUGUCGGAAAUUAGUGGCAGUCUGGUAGUAUUCCACCUGUCUCUUCUGGGAUAGAAGCAAGAGCUGUGCCAAGAGACUCCUGCUGUUUCAGAUUUAGAUCUUAUUGCAUGAACAAUGUUGAGCUUUAAAUAAUGUUUUAUAUCCCGCCUCCGCCCCCCCAUACAAGUACAGUCUACUGUGGAGGGGACCACAUUGUAGUAGAGAGGAGUUUAUGGCAAUCUUGCAAUGCAGUCCACUGUUGAUGUACCAGGUAACAGGUGGGGCCAAGGCUGGCCUAGACUUGAAGCCAAAACCCACCCACCCCCAAAGCAAAACACCCUGCAGAAUGCCGAGAAACUAAAAUUGCACCCCCUCAGAUUCCUUCCCAGCUUGUGGAAGUCCAGGCAGUUUCACAAAGAAGCUUUGUCUGCAGUUCCACACCCCUUGCAGUUAGACCCAUGCUUCUAGAUAUUAAUAAGAACUCAAGAUACCGUAUGUUUUGCUCUAUAAGACUCACUUUUUCCCUCCUAAAAAAUAAGGGGAAAUGUGUGUGCAUCUUAUGGAGCGAAUGCAGGCUGCGUAGCUAUUCCAGAAGCCAGAACAGCAAGAGGGAUUGCUGCUUUCACUGCGCAGCGAUCCCUCUUGCUGUUCUGGCUUCUGAGAUUCAGAAUAUUUUUUUUCUUGUUUUCCUCCUCCAAAAACUAGGUGCGUCUUGUGAUCUGGUGUGUCUUAUACGGUAGUUUUUAAACCUUACAUAUGAAGCAAGAGCUGGGUUAGAAUGAGCAUAGACACCACAGCUGGCAACUGUCUUUUGUUUCUUGGGCAGUGGGCAGUGUGGUGCAGUGGUUAGAGUAUUAGACUGAAGCUCUGUAGAUGGAACUGGGCAAGUCACACACUCUCUCAGCCUAACCUUCAUCUCUGGGUUGCCGUGAGGCUAAAAUGGAGAAGAGAGAAAACAUGCAGCACCAUCUUGAGCUCCUUGGGAUAUUACUACUAUUGCUGUUAUUAUUUAUUAAAUUGGUAUAGCGCCCUUCAUCUGAAGAUCACAACAUAAAAAUACAAAACGAGAACAUGAAAUGCACAUUAAAAAUAAAAAGCAAACCAAUAACCCUCCUCCCACAAAUACAUUUAAAGGGACAUAGAAUGAUGGGAUAAAUCAGGGAUUGCCAAGCUUGGCACCUCCUUUGGUGCCCCUGGGUUGAACCAUAAUUCCCCGAUUCCCAGCUUCCAUUUUUUUUAUUUUUAAAGUUUUAGAAUGUUCGGAACCUGAGAUAGGAGGCAAGGCCAACAUUCUCAUUUUUUCCCCUACUCAUCUCUUGGUGUUUUAUCCUCCCUUUGGAAUAAUUUGCUGCCCCAAGAAGAAUUCCUGUGUAACCCCAGUAUUUGAGAGAAGGAAAGGUCUAGGUGUGGUCUGGGCAGGGGGGAGCAAGGGAGUGGGAAUUUCCACAGGCAGCUCCAUCAAAGUCAAGUCCAACAGCUUGGAUCUCUUCUGAGUCUUGAUGUUGUAAGUGGUUCUUAACACGCUGGAAUUUUCCAGACAUAUGCCUCUUCUGCAAGACGGGAUCCACAAGUUUGCCCUGUUCAGCUGGCAGAUAAUGGGGGGCGGGGGGGGCGGAAGGAACUGCCAUAGUCUAUGUACUGUUCUCAUUCCACCCUUAAAAUUAGCAAGACUGUGUGUAAAUCUGGAGAGGAGUCAUUGGCUGGUGAUAGAAUUUGUGUAUUGUAUGUCAAAUCACACCAACCUAGCAGUUUGAAAGCACAUCCAAGUGCAAGUAGAUAAAUAGGUACCACUCCAGCGCGAAGGUAUAUGGCGCUUCCGUGUACUGCUCUGGUAUCGCCAGAAGUGACUUAGUCAUGUUGGCCACAUGACCCGAAAAAACUGUCUGUGGACAAACGUCGACUCCCUCGGCCAGUAAAGCGAGAUGAGCGCCGCAACCCUAGAGUCGUUCACGACUAGAUUUAAUUGUCGGGGUCCUUUACCCUUUUUUUAAUGUCAAAUCACACAGCUCUGCCCUACUCCAACUCCCUGGUCCUGAAUGGGGUAACUGUGUCCCUGAAGGACCAGGUGCGCAGCCUGGGAGUCAUUUUGGACUCACAGCUGUCCAUGGAGGAGCAGGUCAAUUCUGAAUCCAGGGCAGCUGUCUACCAGCUCCACCUGGUACACAGGCUGAGACCCUACCUGCCCGCGGACUGUCUCGCCAGAGUGGUGCAUGCUCUAGUUAUCUCCUGCUUGGACUACUGCAAUGCGCCCUAUGUGGGGCUACCUUUGAAGGUGACCUUGAAACUGCAAUUAAUUCAGAAUGCGGCAGCUAGACUGGUGACUGGGAGUGGCCGCCGAGACCACAUAACACCGAUCCUGAGAGAUCUGCAUUGGCUCCCAGUACGUUUCCGAGCACAAUUCAAAGUGUUGGUGGUGACCUUUAAAGUCCAAGACGGCCUUGGUCCAGUAUCCCUGAAGGAGCGUCUCCACCCCCAUCGUUCAGCCCAGACACUGAGAUCCAGCUCCGAGGGCCUUCGGGUGGUUCUCUCAUUGCGAGAAGUGAGUUUACAGGGAACCAGACAGAGGGCCUUCUUGGUAGUGGCGCCUGUCCUGUGGAACGCCCUCCCAUCAGAUGUCAAGGAAAUAAGCAGCUAUCUUAUCUUUAAAAGACAUCUGAAGGCAGCCCUGUUUAGGGAAGUUUUAAAUAUUAAAUAUUUAACUUUAACACUCGAUUGUGAGCCACCCAGAGUGGCUGGGGAUACUCAGGCAGAUGGGCGGGGUAUAAAUAAUAAUAAUAAUAAUAAUAAUAAUAAUAAUAAUAAUAUAUUAUCAUCAUCAUCAUCUUGCUGGCUGUGGAGCCACCCUUGACAAUGAUUAAAGGGGCAGGAUCCAUGUCCUCCUUUUCACCUGACUGCAUCUUCCAUGUAUGUGUGUGCCUUACAUGCCUUAAAUUCUGCCUUUACCAUUUUUUGCAGCUUUUUCUUAGGCCACCUGCCAAUGCUAUGGGGAAUGCUGAAAAAUAAUGAAUGUGCUCAUCAGCUCUUCUUGCAAUGGUAUGUAAAAAAAUAAUAAUCAAAUAGUUUAAAAUUUGAGAUAAUGAAUUGCAUUGCCAGCAGUCUAUAUGGUGUCUUGUUUUUUUAAAAAUCUUUAAAUGCAUGUCUGCAGACAGAAGCUGUUCUUUUUGAAAUUUUGUGUGGCACCUACUAAUUGUACAUACUUUGUCAAUAAUAAAAUAAUACGAUAACUAGUUCUCAUUCGGUAGAAUAGUUCAGAAGAAGUGUGAAAACUCCAAAUAUUAGCCUCGCUGAAGAAGCAGAUACUUGGGUAUGAUCUAAUUUUGUGUUUGUGGUGUUGAAAGCUGAUUAGCCAAUGUAGAAAUUUGCUUUGUUUGCCUGGGUACUGAGAGUGAACCUUUGAUCAGGUGACGAAGCUACUGAGUUGCAAAUUCGCCAUCUUGAAAGGGUGGUGGCUGUUAGUCCCUCUCUGACCCUGACAAGUGAUAAUAUUGCUUAACAUUUCAUAUUUUGUAAGGUGCCAAGCCUGUGCUGCCCAGCACAAGACAUUGUAUGUAUGUUUUUGAUGUUUUAAUUCUGUUGUAAAUAAAGUUUUGCCAGUAAAAGUUCGAAUAAUAUUUCCGUGGGCCUCGGCAAUGUUUCAUUUCCAAAGGAGUCGGUUCUUAUGCUUCCAGUCGCUUCAGACUGCACAAUAUUUAAUAUCUGCGACAGGGAAUGCCUUCUUUGGGGCUGUCGCCACCUCUGAACUUCUGAGGGAGGUGGAAUUACCACUGCUGAACAUAAGACCUCAAGGGGUCUGUAGGGAAGGAGGUGGUCUGUCAGUUAUUUGAGGCACUUUAAAGGCUAGUGCUUUAAAGGCUAGUGUGAGCAGAUGUAGGGCUUAUAAAUGAACCGGCAGCCAAUGCAGUUUUUUAGAAUAGGGCUUCUAAAGGAAACCCCAGCAAGUAAUCUGGCCGUUGUGUUUGGGACCAGUUGAAGGUUCUGAGUCAUCUUCAAGGGAAGCUCCCUGUAGAAUACAUUGCAGUCAUCCCAUCUGGAAGUUACAGGAGCAUGGAGUACUAUGGGCAGUUCAUCUCUCUCUUGAAUAUUUUAUAUAUACUCCAGCUGCCCCUGUGUGCUGGGGAACAUAUUCUCAUAUCCCUGACAGUAGAGAUACGGCUUUUUAUUAUUAUUAAGUGAACCCAUGUUCAGGAAUUUCCUUUCAAGUCUUUACACAGCAAUGACCUUAGAAAGAAAGAAAAAUAUGAUGUCUCUUGUUCUAGUAUGUGCUUAGUUUGGCAGCAGCAUUUCUUACACCUUGUUUGAUAGAUAAAUAUGGUCAUUAACUUGAUCGUAUGGUCACUUUUUACUACUGUUCAAAUAUCUUCCUUCACAGGGCUAAUGAAUAUGGACCCAUCUUGCGUUUUAAUGCCUUUCACAGAGUCGCAAUAUUGGUAUUGAGUCCUGAAGGAGUAAAGGUAUAUUUUACUGUUUUCCCCUCUGAGCAUGAAAAUGAAAGUGAUUUUUCAAAAUUCCAGUAUUCAGUGUAUUAUGCAUCAUUCCCUCUUCCAGGGAACUCUAGGAGUUGUAGCUUUGUGACAAUAGUAGGUAACUCCUAACAACUCCCAACACCCUGAUCAAACUACAACUCCCAGGAUUCUUUGGGAGAAGCCAUGACUGAUAGAGAUCUUGACUCUUUGUUGUUUUAGAGUCUUUGACUCUUUAUUACAAACCACUUGAGUACAUUUUUAAAUAUAUAGUAAGUGGUCUAUGUUGUUGUUUAGUCGUUUAGUCGUGACCGACUCUUUGUGACCCCAUGGACCAGAGCACGCCAGGCACUCCUGUCUUCCACUGCCUCCCGCAGUUUGGCCAAACUCAUGCUGGUAGCUUCGAGAACACUGUCCAACCAUCUCAUCCUCUGUCGUCCCCUUCUCCUUGUGCCCUUCAUCUUUCCCAACAUCAGGGUCUUUUCCAGGGAGUCUUCUCUUCUCAUGAGGUGGCCAAAGUAUUGGAGCCUCAGCUUCAGGAUCUGUCCUUCCAGUGAGCACUCAGGGCUGAUUUCCUUCAGAAUGGAUAGGUUUGAUCUUCUUACAGUCCAUGGGACUCUCAAGAGUCUCCUCCAGCACCAUAAUUCAAAAGCAUCAAUUCUUCGGCGAUCAGCCUUCUUUAUGGUCCAGCUCUCACUUCCAUACAUCACUACUGGGAAAACCAUAGCUUUAACUUUGUUGGCAAGGUGAUGUCUCUGCUUUUUAAGAUGCUGUCUAGGUUUGUCAUUGCAUUGCUGUCAGCAAGUGGUCUAUAAGAGAACUAAAUUAUCCCCACUCCCACCCUCCAACUUCACCACAUUACAAGUAGCAUGUUGAUGGCCUUUCAGCUGAUUCCCUGGUGGCCCGCUGGAAUGCGGAGUUAACCAGGGCUAUCGACUGUCUGGCUCCGAAGUGCCCUCUCCGAUUGCAUGGAGCCCGGACAGCCCCGUGGUUUUCUUCGGAGCUGAGGGCGAUGAAACAAUCGCUGAGACGGCUAGAGCGUCGGUGGCAGAAAACUCACUUCGAAUCUGACCGGACACAGGUUAGAGCUCAACGUCGAGCCUACCAAGUGGCGAUAGCGAUGGCGAAGAAGACUUUCUUCACCGCCUCUAUUGCAUCUGCAGAAACUAGUAGCAGGAGACUCUUUCAGGUGGUUCGCAAUUUAACGGAACCACCUUUACCACCGGGGCCUUGUAAAGACCCCAAGAUCUCCUGCAACGAUUUUGCGAAGUUUUUUGCAGAUAAAAUCACUCAUAUUCGGAAGGAGCUAGACACCACCGUGGGAGCAGGGCUGGGGCAGGAGAGUGCUAGAGCUCUGUCUGGUCAAGUUGUAUGGAAUCAAUUUCAAUCCGUUACCCCCCGAGGAUGUGGACAGGCUGCUUGGAUGCGUGAAACCAACCACCUGUCUCCUUGAUCCUUGCCCAUCCUGGCUAAUAAAAGCAAGCCGGGAAGGGCUGGGCGAUGGGCUCUGCGGGGUGGUGAAUGCUUCCCUCUGUGAUCCCUCACAUUCCCAGAUCCGCUGAAAGAGGUGGUCAUUAAACCGCUUCUUAAAAAACCAUCUUUAGACCCGGCCAGUAUGGCCAACUAUCGCCUAGUCUCAAAUCUUCCAUUCUUGGGCAAGGUGAUUGAGCGCGUGGUUGCUGAACAACUCCAGGAGGAUGCGGACCAUUUGGAUCCCUUCCAAUCGGGAUUCAGGCCUCAUCAUGGGACUGAAACUGCCUUGGUCGCACUGGUUGAUGAUCUCCGGCGGGCUAGGGACAAAGGUGAGAGUUGUUUCCUAGUUCUGCUGGAUCUCUCAGCGGCCUUUGAUACAAUCGACCAUAACAUCGUUCUGGACUGUCUUGAGGAGCUGGGAGCUGGGGGCACUGUUAUACAGUGGUUUCGCUCCUUCCUCCUGGGCCGUGUUCAGAAAGUGGUGGGGGGGAUGAGUGUUCACUUGGGCCCUCACUUGUGGGGUGCCUCAGGGUUCCGUCCUCUCCCCCAUGCUUUUUAACAUCUAUAUGAAGCCGCUGGGAAAGAUCAUCAGGGGGUUUGGACUGGGUGUCCAUCAAUAUGCAGAUGAUACCCAGCUCUACCUCUCUUUUAAAUCAGAACCAGUGAAGGCGGUGAAGGUCCUGUGUGAGUGCCUGGAGGCGGUUGGAGGAUGGAUGGCGGCUAAUGGAUUGAGGCUGAAUCCUGACAAGACAGAAGUACUCUUUUUGGGGGACAGGGGGCGGGCUGGUGUGGAGGACUCCCUGGUCCUGAAUAGGGUAACUGUGCCCCUGAAGGACCAGGUGCGCAGCCUGGGAGUCAUUUUGGACUCACAGCUGUCCAUGGAGGCACAGGUCAAUUCUGUAUCCAGGGCAGCUGUCUACCAACUCCACCUGGUACGCAGGCUGAGACCCUACCUGCCCGCAGACUGUAUCGCCGGAGUGGUGCAUGCUCUAGUUAUCUCCCGCUUGGACUACUGCAAUGCGCUCUACGUGGGGCUACCUUUGAAGGUGACUCGGAAACUACAACUAAUCCAGAAUGCGGCAGCUAGACUGGUGACUGGGGGCGGCCGCCGAGACCACAUAACACUGGUCUUGAAAGAACUACAUUGGCUUCCAGUACGUUUCCGAGCACAAUUCAAAGUGCUGGUGUUGACCUUUAAAGCCCUAAAUGGCCUCGGCCCAGUAUACCUGAAGGAGUGUCUCCACCCCCAUCGUUCUGCCCAGACGCUGAGGUCCAGCUGGCGGUUCCCUCAUUGCGAGAACCAGGCAGAGGGCCUUCUCGGUAGUGGCGCCCGCCCUGUUGAACACCCUCCCAUCAGAUGUCAAAGCGAUAACUACCUGACAUUCAGAAGACAUCUUAAGGCAACCCUGUUCAGGGAAGUUUUUAAUCUGUGAUAUUUUAGUGUAUUUUUGGUUUCUAUGGAAGCCGCCCAGAGUGGCUGGGGAAACCCAGCCAGAUGGGCAGGGUACAAAUAAUAAAUUAUUAUUAUUAUUAUUAUAGCUCAGGAAGGCUGCUGAAUCACACACUUCCCAGCAUCUCUGGUUUAAUCCCUAUGGUUCAAACCAUUUGUUUUCCCAAUAGAAGAAUUCUGUACAUUUGAAUUAAAUAUAGCAGGGGUGCAGGAAUUAGAAUUACUAAGGAAAUGGAAGGAGAUGGAUAUGAGGGAUAUAAUUCAUUCAGAGAGCCUGCGUUCAUAGAUAGACCGAUAACAAAAAGUUCAAUUCACAGGCAUUGCCUUGUGGUGCUUUCAAAUUUGCCAUGAAAAGCAAUCAUAAAUUUUUACUCGGUGAUUGCUGUGCUCCUCAGUGCGCUUUUUUGGAAGUAAAGUUCCCUGAGUUCAAUACCAAGUAAACAUGUUUAGAAUUAUUAUUAUUAUUAUUAUUAUUAUUAUUAAUUAAUUAAUUAAAUUUGUAUGCUGCCCUAUGCCCGCAGGUCUCAGGAAGGUUCACAGGAUAAAAUCACGAUAGAAAAGCACAAUACAUCAGGCAUGGGCAAACUCUGGCCCUCCAGAUGUUUGGGACUACAAUCCCCAUCAUCCUUAGCUAACACGACCAGUGGUCAGAGAUGAUGGGAAUUGUAGUCCCAAACAUCUGGAGGGCCGGAGUUUGCCUAUGCCUGCAAUACAUCAUCAAAAUGAAAACAAGAACAACCCAAUAAUCCCACCCAACCCCACAUUUUAAAAGGGCAUUGAAUGUCAGUCAGACAAAGGCCUGGUUAAAGAGGUACGGUUUUGCCUGUACAGUGGCUCCACUACUGGGUAAACUGUAGGUUUCCCUUUGACGUUCAAAUAGCAAACUUCCCUGCUAAGUCCAUCUUGUCUGAGUGCCAGCCUCAUACCCAGUUAAACGUAUCCCUCUCUUUUGGGAAUAUUUUUUGAAUUUUAUAACAAAUAAUGAUGCAAAUCUCAUUCAUCAUGUUAUUUACAAUUAUUCUCCCUCCCCUCCUCUGGACUUCCCUCAACUCCCCCUCUGCUCAGUUAUUUAGUUUUAUUUAUUGUAUCCUGAUUUUCCUACACAAAAAUAAAACCCCUUAUCGUGUCUCUGAAAUAUCUGUUACUCAAAUGAAAUUGUGAAAGUUUACUCAAAUCCUGCCAGUGAAUCCAGUCCAUUCUGUUGUUUCUGCAAAUAAACUGUAAAUGGUUCCCAGACUUCUUUUUGUCCUUCUCUCAUAGUUUAUCUGUUAGCUUAGCACCUUCUGCGUAGUUCAUCACCUUUUCUUGCCAUUGUUUCUUUGAUGGUCUUUCUUCCAUCUUCCAAUAUUGUGCAAUCAAGAUUCUUGCCGCUGUUGUAGCAUACAUAAAUAAUGUCCAUUUUUCUUUUGGCAGCUCUUGAUUUGAGAUACCUAACAAAAAGACUUCAGGGUGUUUAACAAAAUUCAUUUUAAACAUUUUUUUCAAUUCAUUAUAUAUCAUUUCCCAAUAUUUUAAUGUGAUAAAACGUUCCUUAAUGUGAUAAAACGUUCCUCCUUUAUCACCACAUAUGAUAAAACAUUGCUUCCUUUUCCUUACAUCUCCAACAUCUGUUAUUUUCUUUCCUAAACAUCUUUGCCAUUUUUACUGGUGUGACAUACCAUCUAUACAUCAUUUUCAUGUAAUUCUCUCUUAAUAGUAUGCAAUCUGUGAAUUUUAUAUCAACUUUCCACAAUUUCCCCCACACCCAGUUAUACAUAUCUGAGGUUUCUCUGAAUCAGCGUUUGUUGAUUCUUCGUGGACCUACAGAAUGUGUCUUACAAAAAGGCAUUUAAAACUUUUUUUGGGAAAUACUCUGACACCACUUAUUGGGUGAACACGUUGAACCCUUACAAGGCAGAAAGGUGAAGACCUGCCAGCCCGCCCCAAAUUUAAAUACCCCAAAUCCCACACUCUAAACACUGGCGAGAUGGAGGAAGCCCUGUAUAUCUUAUUCCCUCUUCACAAUUUUAGAGGAGGGUAUUCAUUGUGACCACAUGAAUUACCAUAUUUUUCCUGCAUACGACUAUAUUUUUUCCUAAAUUUUUGAAGUUUAAAAUAAGGGGUCAUCUUAUACAUGGAUAGUACAUAUUCUUAAUUUUGAGUCCCCAAAAAUAGGGGGCAUCUUAUACAUGGGGGUCGUGUUAUACAUGGAAAAAUACGGUAUAUGUGAAUACGGACUGACAAAAUGAUUUAAUUUUAGGAGUUCCUGAUGUUACCACAAUACCCAAAGGAUUCAGUUUCAUAUGGACGUCUUUUUAAUUUAUGCGGUGUACGGUAGGUAAGAUGUACAUAGCUAAGAUGUACGUGGCGUGUGGGAUGAGAAAAUUCCAUUGAUUCAGAAAAAGGUUGUGAUCUUUAAUGCCACCAGGCAGGUGAAUUUCUUCAGGCUCUGUUAUAUGCAGAAAUGGAUAGCACUGAAUAACUUGGGUUCAGAAUUCCUUAAGGACCGCCUGAGCCUUUAUAUCCCAGCCCAGUCACUGAGAAUAUCCUGAGGAGCACUGUUCAUUGUCCCUCCAUCUUAACAGAGCGCUGACUGGCUUCAGCUGGAAGUUGAGUAUUUUGCUUUGCUAGUCCCAGGCUAAGGGACGCAGGUGGCGCUGUGGGUUAAACCACAGAACCUAGGACUUGCCGAUCAGAAGGUUGGCAGUUCGAAUCCCCGUGACGGGGUGAGCUCCUGUUGCUCGGUCCUUGCUCCUGCCAACCUAGCAGUUCAAAAGCAAGUCAAAGUGCAAACAGAUAAAUAGGUACCGCUCCGGUGGGAAGGUAAACGGCGUUUCUAUGCGCUGCUUUGGUUCUCCAGAAGCUGCUUAGUCAUGCUGGCCACAUGACCCGGAAGCUGUACACCGGCUCCCUCGGCCAAUAAAGCGAGAUGAGCGCCGCAACCCCAGAGUCGGUCACGACUGGACCUAAUGGUCAGGGGUCCCUUUACCUUUACCUUUUAAUCCCAGGCUAUGGACCACCCUCACAGCAGAGAUUUGGCAGUCAUCCUUACAGCUAACUCUUGGGAGACCUACUUUAUGUGGACAGGUCUAUUCAGCUCUCAUUCCCCCCCCCCCCCCCAGAUGAGCCUGUCAUUUUUAAUGAUUAUUUUGUACACCACCUUGAUAUUUUCUAUGAGUGGGCAGUAUACACAUUUUUUUAAAUAAACAAAUAAAUAAAAAGUGCAGGAAAUGCUGUGCGAUCGAGGUGUCGAACCUAUGAAUUGGUGACAACAGACCCCCAAGUGCCAGAUGGCAUUUCUAAGCGGUUUCAUACAGAUAUUGGAGCAGCAUAGGAGACAAGAUAAACUCAAAAGUCUAAGGUAUUGACCCAAGAAUAUCCUAUUGCCACUUUCUGGAACUGACACUUGAGGGAGUUCUGGAAGCUCUGUCAAUUAGAGAAGAGGUCAGUUCUUCUUCAACUCAGUCUUGGGCUGAUUAACAUCCAAUACCCUUUUAAAUGUGUUACGGGGGGGGGGGUAUUGUUAUGUUUUUGUGCUUGCUUUUAUUAUGCAUUUUGGGUUUUCUUCCUCCUGUAAUGAAAUUUUCUGUUUUACAUUUUAGAAUAUUCCUUUAAACAAUCUUAAAAUAUCAGUGACUUCCCUUCUUCUCUUUCCAUGGUUCAUUUUGCAUAACUUAAAUCCCUGCAUAUUUUACAUAAACUAUACCAUUCAGUAUUCCAUUAUUACAGUGAUUCAGAACAUGAUUUCAAAACUGGUCCUGAAAUAGUAAUAAAAAUUCUCCAUCGUUUUUCAGAUUUUUAGGAAAUGGCUUGGUGACUGAUCGUGAUUAUGACCACUGGCACAAGCAGCGGAAAAUUAUGGACCCGGCCUUCAGUCGCAAGUAGAUAUUAACUGAAUGUCUUUUCUUAAGUGAUGCUGCGCAUUUCGGUUCAUGUUAAUAACCUAACCACCUAUCUCUAAAUGUGCUUAUGGCUCAAUUUGCAGAUAGCACUAACCCAAACAGCAUGAAUGUAUGAAUGUGCAGGCUUUUGGAGAGGCAAUCGUGACUCUUGUUGCUGCUGUGAGCUAAUCAAUGAUUUGUCUUAGCGGGUUCUCUGAAACAGGAUUCAUGGUUUGUCUCCCUCCAGACAAACCAUAGGCAGUGUAAAACCAAGGACAAACCUUGGUUGCAGUUUGGCGCAAGACAAAUCAUGAGUGUGGGUUUGGACAAUAUACUAAGACAAACCACAGCUUAGCUCACAGCAGCAGGAGGACCAGAUGUGGAGAGGAGCAAAGUAGCCACAAUCUCCUCUCUUGAGAACCAGCACGUUCAUGCUAAGCUAUAGUCCAAGUAGCUGUGCUGUGUUUCACCUCCAUAUUGGAGGCAGAAAUAAUUCUGUGUGUGUUGCUGGAAGCCACAGAAGGCGAGAAUAACCUUGUGCUUGGGUCUUGCUUGCUUGGCCACUGUGAGAACGGAAUGCUGUACUGCAUGGGCCAUGGGUCUGAUCCAGUUAGCUCUUAUAUUCAUUUCCACACCUUAGACAGCUUCCAGUUUGACCGCAAUGUCCUGCCUUUGCUUGCUUUUAUUAAUUUCACAGUUACCUGAUGGGCUUGAUGGGGCCCUUUAACGAGCAAACAGAAGAGCUUAUGAGGGUGCUGGAUGAAAAAGCCGAUGGAGAAACUGCAGUGGAUGUGAUGAGCCUGCUGAAACGCGUGACGCUGGACAUCAUUGCAAAGGUACUCGCCGGAUGAAUUUCCUGUUUCCAUUAAGGAGCAGGGGAUGCCUCUCAUUCUGAGUCAAAUUGAGUCAAAGGGCAGCACAAAGGACAAGUUUAAUAUGGGAGAAAAGGGUGUUGGGAAGCCCUCCCCUUUUUGGGCUAACACAUAAGAGAAAGAAAAUCUUACAUUGAAUGUCUGUUGAAUAGAGCCACAGCACAAAUAAAUAAUUUUUGCCAAGUAGCCAGAGGAAUGCUGCAAUUCACCAGCUCAACUUUCACCCAGCUUCAUAAGACAUGCAAAGCUGACAUCAGAAUAAUAACAGUGUGUUGUAACUAUUUUUUUAAUUGCUGUUGCUGUUUUAAUUGUAUGGAAUUCAUGUUGGCUGGCUUUAAUAGUGUUUAAUUUUGGUUUCAUUUUUGUAUAUUUCUGUGCCAGGACCUUCAGGUGAAAGGCAGGCUAUAUAUAUGUUAAGUAAAUAUAUAACAAAAUGUACACACGCAUACACAGCCUGUUGUGUUUCUGACCAAGAAGCCAAGGGCUUUUUAAUGUUCCUGUAACUUUUUGGGAACAAAGCUGAACCCCACAGGUAUAAUGUACCGAAACAUUUCCUCCUCUUUGGUGUUUAAAAGGCUUGAGAAAUAGAGAUCAAGCUUGAACUGCAAAGGAGGAUGGCAGAAUGCAAAGAUGUUUUAGAUCCCCUUUCUUCACAUUUUCAGGUAGCCUUUGGCCUUGAACUGAACACCCUGCGUGAUGAGAGCACGCCUUUUCCGCAUGCGAUGUCCAUGAUCAUGAAAGGACUGGGUCAGUCACGCAAUCCAUCAUUUAAGGUCAGUGCAGGCAUUUCUGGUGGAACUCUGACCCUCUCUGAAGCAUACAUUAUUGCUUGUCAAGCUUAUUCCAAGAGUCUCGGACAAAUCCGUUUGGGCAACUGGCAAGUGAUGUUAUUACUUAGUUCUUUUGCACCCCAGCAUCCCUGCGCCUCUAGAUAUACCUUGAACAUUUUUGCUUGGGCUUGCCCUGUUCUUAGUACUUCUUUCCAGACUGUCUUGUUACAACUGCAGGACCCGCAUAGAUUUUGCAUAGCUGUUUUAUUGCUGAUCAGUCAGCGAUCUCUGAUAUGUGGGAAUGGACCAUUCAACACCUGCUGGUUGCUAUUGCAUUCACAAAGGAUGCUUGUCUAAGGGAUCAUGAACCGCCAGUGGGCCACAGCUAUCUUCUGUCUUAGCAGGUGGCUUUUGUUGACAGCUACGCCGUCCAGUAAUAUGUUCUUGGUUUUGCUCUGCUCUGCUCCUCAUGAUAGUAUCUGUUAUCUGUCCAGUAUCUGCCAAAGUACAGGAAAGAAGUGAAAGGGGUUCAGGAGAGCUUGCUGCUGCUGCGCCGUUUUGGCAGCCAGUGUAUCGAACAGAGACGCAAAGCCAUCCAGAAUGGGGAGGAGAUCCCAUUGGAUAUUCUGACUCAGAUACUGAAGAGUGCAGGUAGGAGACUCCUCUUUUUUUUUUUUUACAUAUGCUUUUUAUUAAUUUUCUGGUUUACACAAACAAAUACAAUAAAUUUCAUCCAUCGUCCACUCAUUUCCUUAUCUGCCGCUCUGCCAAGCCAUGACUUCCCUCGCUCCCUCCAACCGGUUUUCCUUUUUCAAUCUACUUCCCGCAGUCUCUUCUUAUUUUCCCAGGCCACGCCGUAAGAUUUAUUUCGGUCUUGCUAGUGUCUUCAGGUUCCUAUAGUUAUUAUUUAUAUAAUCCAUAAAUUUACUCCAAUCUCUUUGGAAUUUUGCUUCCUCCUGGUUUUGGAUCCUGCAGGUCAGUUUUGCUAGUUCCACAUAUUCCAACAUCUUCGCCUGCCACUCCUCCAUGACUGGUAAUUCUUCUACUUUACAUUUUUGGGCAAACAAAAUUUAGCAGCAGUCACUGUAUACAUAAAUAACCUUUGAUCCACUUUUUCAAUUUCCUCUCCCAUCAAGCCCAGCAAAAAUGCUUCUGGCUUUUUGGGAAAGGUAUAUUUAAACAUCUUUUUCACUUCGUUGUAAAUCAUUUCCCAAAAUGAUUUUGUUUUCUCACAUGACCACCACAUGUGGUAAAAGUCGCCAUCCUUAUCUCUACACUUCCAGCAUAAUUUACUACUCAUCCUAAACAUUUUUGCCAAUUUCACAGGUGUCAAGUACCAUGGGUACAUAAUUUUCAUUGUAUUUUCUUUUAAGAUGGUACGUGCUGUAAAUUUUAAGUUCUUGUUCCACAAUCUCACAACAUUGAGUAUGAUGCAUGGGUAGGAGACUCCUUUUGAAGGAAUCAUAGAAUUGGAAAGGACCAAAUAUAGGAUGGGGAACACUUGGCUUGCUAGCAGUACAUGUGAAAAGCAUCUAGGGCUCUUGAUGGACCAUGAGCUGAACAUGAGUCAACAGUGUGAUGCAGCAGCAAAAAAUGUGAAUGCUAUUUUAGGCUGCAUCAACAGAUGUAUAGAGUUCAGAUCAAGGAAAGUAAUAGUACCACUCUAUUCUGCCUUGGACAGACCACACCUGGAAUACUGUGUCCAGUUCUGGGUGCCACAAUUUAAGAAGGAUGUUGACAAGCUGGAACUUGUGCAGAGGAGAGCAACUAGGACAAUAAGAGCUUUCUGACAGUAAGAGCUGUUCGACAGUGGAAAAGUCUCCCUUGGGAGGUUGUGGACUCUCUCCUUGGGGUUUUUAAGCAGAGGUUGGAUGGCAUCUGUCAUAGAGGCUUCCUUUUGGGCAGGGAGGUCAGCCUCACUCUUGGUUUCCUGUCUUGACAGCUGAGGAAGGGGACUGCGAUGCUGAAAUUCUCCUGGACAAUUUCGUCACUUUCUUCAUUGCAGGUUGGUAAAUCUAUAUUCCUUUUUUCCUUCCAUCCUUUAAUUAUGAACUGACCCAGACCUUGCGACCAUCAUUUGAGGCCCUUCUUCAUGGGCCUCCUAUGUGAGAGAUCUGGAGGGUGGCAACAUGAGACCAAGGCCUUUUCUGUGGUGGCUCCCUGCUUGUGGAAUGCUCUUCCCAGGGAGGUUCGACUGGCGCCUUCAUUAUAUAUCUCCAGGCACCAGGCGGAAAUGUCCCUCUUCAACCAGGCCUUUGGCUAAUUAAACAAACUGUGGCCUUUUAAACUGAGUGGUAGUGGUGUUAUUGUUUUUAUUUGUUAUUACGGUAUGUAUUUUUGUGUUGUAAGCCAACCUGUCAUCUUCAGAUGAAAGAUGGUAUAGAAAUUUAAUUUGUUGUUGUUUAGUCGUUUAGUCGUGUCCGACUCUUUGUGACCCCAUGGAACAGAGCACGCCAGGCCCUCCUGUCUUCCACUGUCAGACUCAUGUUUGUAGCUUUGUGAACACUGUCCAACCAUCUCGUCCUCUGUCGUCCCCUUCUCCUUGUGCCCUCUAUCUUUCCCAACAUCAAGGUCUUUUCCAGGGAGUCUUCUCUUCUCAUGAGGUGGCCAAAGUAUUGGAGCCUCAGCUUCAUGAUCUGUCCUUCCAGUGAGCACUCAGGGCUGAUUUCCUUAAGAAUGGAUACGUUUGAUCUUCUUGCAGUCCAUGGGACUCUCAAGAGUCUCCUCCAGCACCAUAGUUCAAAAGCAUCAAGGAAUUUAAUAGAUUGUAAUAAUAAAGUAAUUAGAUUCCCUGUCCUGCAGGUCACGAGACCACUGCCAACUUGUUGUCUUUUACCAUAUUGGAACUGGGACGGCAACCUGACAUAUUGAAGAAGUGGGUGAAGUUCGCCAUUCCCUUUUAUUCUUCCUUUAUUUGUGUUUCUAUUUUUUAGCAGGUCCCUCCUACCCAUUGAUGGUCCGUUGAGUUAUUUUAUGCACUCUGUGUAUGUCUAAUGUUAUAUAGUGGUACCUCAGGUUACAUACGCUUCAGGUUACAGACUCCACUAACCCAGAAAUAAUACCUCGGGUUAAGAACUUUGCUUCAGGAUAAGAACAGAAAUCAUGCUCUGGUGGCGCGGCGGCAGCAGGAGGCCCCAUUAGCUAAAGUGGUGCUUCGGGUUAAGAACGAACCUCCGGAACAAAUUACGUACUUAACCUGAGAUACCACUGUAUCCAGAAACUGGAGAAAGAAGGAAAAGGAGCUCAAGGUGGUGCACAGAGUUCUCUUCCUCCCCAUUUUAUCUUCACAACAGCCCUGUGAGAUAGGCUAGGCUGAGAGUGAGUGCCUGGUCCAUGAGCACCUAGUGAGCUUCAUGGCUGAGUGAGGAUUUGAACCUUGGUCUGCCAGGUUUUAGUCCAACACUCCAACCAUUAUACGGGUUGCAUCUCCCUUCUCUCUAAAUGUGUUGAACUGUGUCCUGGAUUGUAACCACCCAGGGCACCUAAACUGGCUAUGAUUUGGGAGCAAUUAUUUCUUAUCUCUGGACGAACCGAACCAAUAUGCAUUUUGACUGUGUGAGUGAAUUAUGGUGCUGCUUAGUCCUAGGAAGGUACCGUAUUUUUCGUUCUAUAAGACACACUUUUCCCCUCCUAAAAAGGGGAAGGCUGUGCAGCUAUCCCAGAAGCCAGAACAGCAAGAGGGAUCGCUGCGCAGCGAUCCCUCUUGCUGUUCUAGCUUUUGGCUUAGCUGUGCGAAGCCUCUUCAGGGCAGCGGGAUGAAGGCUGUUCUGGCUUCUGGGAUUCAGAAUAUUUUUUUUCUUGUUUUCCUCCUCCAAAAAUUAGGUGCGUCUUAUGGUCUGGUGCGUCUUAUAGAGCGAAAAAUAUGGUAAAUGCAGAUACUUUCAAAGGUAGAUGUCUGCCUUUUAGCAUAAUAAACAAUCCACAGACAUUUGAGUAAAAUUUCUCAUGCAUUUCCUUCUUAAGACUUCAGGCUGAAGUGGACGAGGUCGUUGGGGUGAAGAGAGAUGUUGCCUAUGAAAAUCUCGCACAGCUUAAAUACUUAUCACAGGUACACUUGGAGAAUGGUCUGAAAAGAUCCUAGAUGCCCAGCCAUUAAGAGUAAGACAUUGGUUUUAAGAUGAAACUUGAGGCCUUGUUUCACAGCAAAGAAUAUCUCAAAGCUCUUUAGCUGUAAUAUUAACACCGUGAGAGAGAAAAAAUCUCAGUUUCUCGUAAGGAAUUCUGACUGUGCAAAGAAAUCUUACCUGCCGCAUCACCCUCCAGAAGAAUAAAUGUGAUACUGUGAUACCUUUUUAACUGUUCAAACCCUGGAUAUGCAAUGACUCUAAUUCUUCAGAUGCAAUGGAUCACAGGUCACCAGCCAGUGGUUAGGGAUGGUGAGAGGGCACUGCAUUAACUAUCUCUUCCUUACAGCUCAUUACUAUGUGGUCCUUUCGUUCGGGCAUGAUGGAAUAAAUAUGCCUCUGUUACUCAUUUCUUGUGCACAGAUCUUCUAAGGUUGUGCUUCCUUUAUGCAGUGGUACCUUGCUUCUCAAACAUAAUCCAUUCUGGAAGUCCGUUCGACUCUCAAAACGUUUGAAAACUAAGGCGUGGCUUCCAAUUGGCUGCAGGAGCUUUCAGCACACAAGCGGAGGCCGCGUCGGACGUUCAGCUUCCGAAAAACGUUUGAAAACCGGAACACUUACUUCCAGGUUUUUGGUGUUCAGGAGCCGAUUUGUUCGUCAACUAAGCUGUUCGAGAACCAAGGUUCCACUGUAAAUUCUAUAAACUGUUCUGUUCUAUAUUCUGUUACCGUUGCAUUUUCUGAGCACUCAGAGAACAUUGUUUUGAUGGAGGGGGGCUGCAAUCCUUUCCCUUGCACAGCAUGCCAGUUUUUGCUGUGUUUGCCCUGUCUUCUAAUUUUCAGUUUUUAAAGAGCUAGGAGAACUGGCAGUCUCUCCGGGGGACUAGAUAACAAACUAUUGCGGCUAGCCUACUUCUCGAACGUUUUGGCUCCCGACCGAUCAAAACCCAGGAGUGAAUGUUCUGGUUUUCAAACGUUCUUUUGGAAGCCGAACGUCCGACAGGGCUUCUGCGGCUUUUGAUUGGCUGCAGGAGCUUCCUUCAGCCAAUCAGAAGCCGCACUUUGGUUUCCAAACAUUUCGGAAGUAGAACAGACUUCCAGAACGGAUUUCGUUUGACUUCCGAGGUACGACUGUGCUGUUUCAUCUUGUGAAACUUUCUUAACUGCUCAUGGAUGUGCUUGAAGAAAAGAGGGAGCAGUCAAACCCAGGGAGAUAAUUCUUGUAACACUAAACCAUGGUUGGCCAUUGCCUCCAAAGCAGCUCAUUGAGACGUACUUCUGAGUAGGCAUGUGUAGCCUUGCGCUGUAGAUUUCUUUUUUCAUUCCCCUUCCACAAGAAAAAUACAAAGUAGGAAACUUACAGGGGAAUUAAGGCUGAGAACAAGUUAUUAGUUCAAAUAGCCCCAAUAAACUUGUGACUGAACUGACUUUCUAUGGGAAGAAUUCCAGAUGAAAACCCAACCCUUCCAUUUAACAAAUCAUGCUAGUUGUUGAAAAGAAACGGCUCUUUUUACCUUUACUCUCUUAGGUUCUCAAAGAAUCCCUGCGGUUAUACCCACCAGCUCCAGGAACUGUCCGCUGGACUGAAAAGGAAUGUGUCGUUGAAGGAAUCAAAAUUCCAGCAGAAACCACUUUAAUGGUGAGUCUUGUUUGAACGCCAUGUGCUGUUAUCUAACACAUUGGAAUUCAACACCAAACUUCCCCUGAUGCAACAGACUUUUAUGUCCAGGGCAAUGUAUGUGCUGUGAUUCUCUAAGAGGAUGAGAAAGCAGCAGAAUCUGCUCAUGGCUUGUGGUGGGGAUGGUGAAUGGGGAAAGGGCCUUCUCAGUAUUGGCGCCCGCCCUGUGGAACGCCCUCCCAUCAGAUGUCAAGGAAAUAAACAACUAUCUGACUUUUAGAAGACACCUGAAGCCAGCCCUGUUUAGGGAAGUUUUUAAUGUCUGGUGUUUUGUUGUAUUUUUAAUAUUUUGUUGGAAGCAGCCCAGAGUGGCUGGGGAAACCCAACCAGAUGGGCGGAGUAUAAAUAAGUUGUUGUUGUUUAUUAUCCUUACUGUGGCAAACCUAGGCAAGAAACAUAGUAAUAUCUCAAAGACUGUACUGAAUAAUUUCUUGGUUCCUUGCACCUCUCUUGCAUCUCUCUGCGAUGAAUAGUAAUAACUGCUGAAUAGGGCCAUGUGUUAGGGUUGCCAUAUUCCUAAAAGUAAAAUUCCUGAGGCCCACAAAGUUGUUUAGCUUUUUUUUUAAAGGAAACCACCAAAAUUAUUGAGCUUUUUUGGGGAAACCUCCCCCCCCCCCCGAGUGAUUUUAAGCUUUUGAAGCUGUUUCCACUGCUCCCCCCACCGAUGCCAUUUUUACACCCAAAAACCAGUCUACCAUGCAUGGCUAAGUUAAAAAAAAAAAGUUACGCAAAUCUGCUCCUUAGAAUGACUAGCAGAAGCAGAAUUAAAUUGUGCAAGCUGUAAAUUAUGUGAAAUGCAGGAUGACAUGCAAAUUAACAUACCUCGCAAUCCUAUACCUGCCUACCCUGUCAAGUAGAGGAGAUUACAUAUUGCAUAUAGGAUUACAAUGUUCAUUUCAUAAUUGAUACAGGUUGCAGUAUUGGGUUUCUGGAUUGUUGCAGAAUUUUUCUUCUUCUUUUAAUCUCAUAAUGAUUGGUUUUGUACCCCACUUUACCAGGCAAAAUUUCCACUCAAAGCAGCUUUUAAUGUCUAAAAUAGCACAAUAGUUUAACAAAAUGACGUUAAGCUAUAAUGAAGCAAUGAAAUAAUAAAAGGGGGGGAGAAAACGCUAACUGAUAAUUGUAUGCUAGGAAAUGUGUACUUAGUGGGGGUCUUCAGUGUGAUCACUUAUAGUUAUUAUUAAAUGCUUUUAGUAUUUCUUUGCUCACAGUUAAGUUGCCUUGAGCCCUUUAGGAAUAAGGCGAUGCAUGUUCUGUGCAGGACUAAUCGGGGAAAGGAACCAGGACUUGAUUAAAAUACUGUCUGCAUUUGCCUCUAACUUUGAACAACUAAUGUUUUUGAAGAGUCAUAUAUACAAAUGUAAACUGCUCUGUUCCCUUGGCAGUUCAGCACCUAUGUCAUGGGACGUAUGGAAAGGUUUUUCAAGGAUGCGCUGGUCUUUGAUCCUGAGCGAUUUAGCAAAGACCAGCCAAGGUGAGCCCCUUUGUUAUUUCUUCUAACAAAAAUACGUGGUGGCUGUCAUUGAGACAUACUGCUAAUUCUUACGAUUUUCAGAGGGCUUGAAGAAAAUAUCAGAAUUUUUUGAACACCAAACACGACAUUAGGACAGGUAUUGAAAGUGUCUGCCGGGUAGAGGUGUAGGAAGGCAUCCAUUUCUAUUGCAACCCAUCUUCAUUAUUGUGGCAGUUUGCCCUCCUAGGUGUGUGAAAUCAUACUGGGUUCAGAAGGAAAGGGUUAACUAAGUGUAAAAUGACUAACCAAUGGGAACCCAAGGGGAGGAGUUAGGAGUUAGAGUUAGGGUGGUUGAGAAGUCAGUCUGGAGUUAGAGAAGAGAUGGAGAGGUUAAGUCUGUGGGCUGGGCUAGUCUGAUGUGAGAGAGUGAGAGAAUUUGUUAAGAGGAGUCAGUCAAACAGUUGAUAUAAUCAGUCAUAAGGUAUUAGGAAGGUAUAGGCCAGUACAGAAACUAAAGUUAAGAUACUGACAGGAUUAUUUUAUGAGAAACCAUAAACUUGUUAAUGUUUAUAACAUAAACUUGUUUAUUUGGUUCAAGUUUAACGACUGUCUGGACUCAGUGUUUUACCCGAGAGUAACGGGUUGGUGGCAGCGGGGAAGCGAGCACAGUGGUGGCACAUGGAUCAAUAGACCAUUAGCUCGACUUCCGGGUUAGCGCCAUCGGCGAAUGGCGGAGUUCCUCCGACCGGAGGAACUGGCUCUGUGGAAACUGGGUCUUCCCACCGCGGCGAAGGUGGGGACCCGCUAGAAAUCCCAGGCGGAGGAAGCCUGGGAACGUGGGGUUCGGCAGGGCACCAGGAGCGCCCUCCCUACUCACCAGGAACCCCAUUUUGGGGCUCCGGAGUGAAGUGGGGUGAGCGGCGCGGUGCUGCAAACUGAUUGCUACUUUCACGGAGUGAAGCCGCACAGCAAUCGCCGGAGAGCGCUGACUUUUUCCUGUGGACAGUUGGAUUUAAAACAAGUACCCGUGAGUAGAAACGGAAAAUUCGAUCAAGAAAUAUCUUAAUUUGGCACCGAAGCGGGACGGUUCAAAACAGGAAGUCCGCCUUCCGCUUUUUGUAUAUAGACUGAAGCAAAAUCCUUGUAAGCUAAAGCCUGGAAAGUCGUUAAAAAAGUCUAAAUUUCCUUCAUUUUAAAACUACUGAAACCCCCUUGGAAGCAGGAGAAAAGGGGGGGGGUUUGUUUAACGCCUGCAGGAGAGGGAGUGAAGAAAGAUAAGUUUCCACCGUCUCUAACCUGGGAACGGGGUGUCAGAGACAGAAAUUUUUGGAGAGGUUCAUUGACUGUGAAUGGAAUACUUUGACAGAUAGCUAAAGAAGAGAAAUAAACUGAUUCCAAUGUUGCCUUUUGCAUUUUAAAGAAACAAAAUAUCUGAAAAAUGAAAGUAAUUUUCCUUUGUUGGACUUGCCUUAAAAAAAUGGAUACAAAUAGAAAUUGUCUCCUCUAGAGGGAGCUUGCUAAAUUGUUGCUGCAGUCUACUUGAGGACUCUACAGCUGUCAGAUUAAGAUCGUGGGAUCAGUCCUUUUUGACCUUGACCAAAUAUGAGCUGGGAAAAAGUUUUGGUGCUUGCUUUAUGCAAGACAAGUGGUGGAUUUGAUGAAUGAGAAAAUGGAUUUGAUGACUGUUGUGGUUAAUAACUGAACAAACAGGGAAUAUUGAUACAGAAAUCAUUCAGGGACCAACUCAGGAACCUGUACUGACUGGGCAAGUGCAGAAGAUAAUGGAGGAGGUUGCGGUUGCACCUCAAAUAAUACAAAUGGAGAGACCCGAGGCCCUACAGGAGCAUAAGCCGCUGUCUUUGAAGAUUGAAGUUGGAGUUGGCCAGGGGGAGUCUGGAGCUGAGGAGGUUUUUAACUUUGGAGAGACCUUGAAAUAUGCUUCUAAAUAUUUUUUGGACUACAUUGAUGACUGUGGGGAGUGGGACUGUGGGGAAUGGGCUGGUUUGAUGAAGGGAGACAGAGAUAAUUUUGGGUUGGAAUCCCCCAGAGCCCUACUCCUCAAUGAGAAAGGAAAGAAAUUAAGAAAGAGACCAACAAAAGACAAGGAAAAGUGCAAGUAUAAACAAGAAGAAGAAGAUCUGCAGAAGGGACAUGGAAGAGACUUAAGGGCCUCGGACAUAAGAUCACCAGGUUGAUGGACUAGAUGGAAUGGACAGUAAGGACUGACACGACCCGAGACCAGGAAGAAGAGACGUUGGAUGAAGAGUGGAAGAAAAUUUAUAAAGAAAUUUUUUUCCCCUAGGGAAUUAGCCUAAAAUUAAUGAAUAUUAGGGAAAAUGUUGGAAUGAAACUAUAUGACUCUAGUAGAAAUGAUAUCAGGAGUUAUGUAUAAUCGAGUUUUAAGCUUUAUGCUUUAAAGUAUUUUUUGGUAAGAUAAGGGUAAAUAAAUUAAGGUAAUUUGAAUAACAGAAUAUGGGGAAAAGAUGGAAAGGAUUUGUUGAGUUAAUUAAUAGGUUAAAUUGUUAAGAUAAAUUAUUUAACAAAAAUUGAGAAAGAUGGAAAGAAUUUGCUGAAAUAACUAAUCAAACUAGAAUACAAAAAGGGAGGUGUGAGGAGGUCAAUGAAACAAGCAAAUGGAAGUUAAAGAUAUGUAACAUGGGAUUUGUGUCUUUUUUUCUUUCUUUUUUUAUCUUUUUGCUGUAUUGUUGCAUAUGUUUUUAUGUUUUUAUGUUUUGCUUUUUUAAAAUGUAUUGUAGUGUUGUUUUUAAUUUUUUCCUUUCUUUUCUGUAACUUUGAAAUUAUUAAUAAAUAUUAUUAUUAUUAUUUUUUUAAAAGGAUCAAUAGACCGUUAAAUGCCUGGGGACCCUGUGUGAUCGCCACAGUUGUGUGCAGUGCUGUCUCCAGUCUGCUGCAGUUUGUCAUGUGAUUAAAAAACUUACAUUAUUCACCUCGCUGUCUGCUGCGGUGGAAUUUCACGUUGUUAAUUACGUUAUUCCAUCCCAUUCAUUUCAGUGCAAAGGAAAUGCAAUGCACACAGAGAACCAAUCAUAAUCAAUUGCAUACCACUUGCAGACUGAAAACAACAGCAACAGUGAAUAUUGAUUGUAUUUGCUGGAUUGAUUUCCAUUCGGCACGUGGAACGAAUAAGCAAACAUCAAAUUCUCCUGUGUUUGUACCACCAGACUAUAAAAUUUUCUGCCACGUGUCGGACUUUUUAGACCUUUCCCCUUACUUGUUGUGAUGGGAUGAUGAGCUGCUUGUGCGUAAAAUCGUAUCCCCUCAGAGUUUGUUCAAGUCCACAAACCUCUGUCUGUGACGGAGCCCCUCAGACAUGGCUACUCUAGUCACUAGCAGAUUCCGACAGUGGUUGCUUUCGUAAUCGCUUCCAACAUAAAAGCUCCUUAACGGAAACACGUCUUCUGGAAUCUCUGCGUGACAGUUUCCGGCGAGGAGUGGGUGUUCUUACAGGAGGUCCUGAAACCUCUCCACUGUUUUCGCUGGAAGUGUCUCUGAGCCAUCCCUCCAGCUCAGCUCCUCUCCCCUGCUGGUUCCCUCUUCAGCUGCUGCGUCUCUCCCAACCUGUGUGAGCCCUUUCACCUCCCUGUUGGUUCCCUCUUCAGCUGCUGCGUCUCUCCCAACCUGUGUGAGCCCUUUCACCUCCCUUCCGUCCGAUGGCAGUUCCCUGACACUUGUGAUAAAAACUUAAGAGUUUCCAGUAAAUGGCAACAUUCACAAAAUUAUUUCAGUUAUUUCGGGUUGCUAUGUGACCAGGGAUAAAAACAGGGUUGGCUUCUUUCUGUGCUUUUUAACAGCAGCUUGAUCUGUAGAAAUUAAUUGACAAAGCUUUUUUGGGCGUAAGCAGAGAUCAGGAAGUGACUAUGACUAUUGUCAACCUGCUAUUAAAUACAACACCUAAAUGGGAAGGUUCAGUCAUAAAGCAAGGUCCCAGGUUCAGUUCUCAGCAUUUCCAGGUUGGGCUGGGAAAUAUUCCCUGCCCGAACCCCUGAAGAGCUGCUGUCAGCCAGUGUAGACAAUACUGAGCUAGAUGGACCAAUAUCUGACUCUGUAUAAAGCACCUUACUGUGUUCCUAUGUUCAUUAGCAGCUGUAAUAUAUGCUGUUGCUUAGAAGGAAGCCUUUCUGGUGUUUUCAAAACCCUCUUAUUCUUGUCUGUCUUGUUUUUGUGAUGGUUUAGGCCCUCCUUUUGCUAUUUCCCAUUUUCCCUGGGACCUCGUUCCUGUAUUGGGCAGAUAUUUGCACUGGUAAGUAAAGCAGUCCACUGGUCAAGUGAUGCAGAAGAUAGGUCCCUUUGUUUGAAUUGCAUCCCCUCCUCUUCUGCUUUUAUGGAGUCCUACUUACUGCUGUGGGAGGUGGGUGGCGCUGUGGGUUAAAUCACAGAGCCUAGGACUUGCCGAUCAGAAGGUCAGCGGUUCUAAUCCCUGCGACGGGGUGAGCUCCCAUUCCUCGGUCCCUGCUCCUGCCAACCUAGCAGUUCGAAAGCACGUCAAAGUGCAAGUAGAUAAAUAGGUACUGCUCCAGCGGGAAGGUAAAUGGCGUUUCUGUGCGCUGCUCUGGUUCACCAGAAGCGGCUUAGUCAUGCUGGCCACAUGACCCAGAAGCUGUACGCCGGCUCCCUCGGCCAAUAAAGCGAGAUGAGCACCGCAACCCCAGAGUCGGUCACGACUGGACCUAAAUGGUCAGGGGUCCCUUUACCUUUUUACUACUGCUGCAGGCAGGAGUGGAAGCUGAGUUAAGGUACUAGUGGAGUAAUAAGAUGGGAGACCCAGUGGCGAUCUCAAGGAUGCCUCAAAUUUUUAAGUUGAAGAAGCACCAUUUUAUAAAGCAAAGAUGAAGAACCUCUAGCCCCACCCCCACCCCCCGGUGUCGUUGGACUUGGACUCCCAUCAACACGAUCCAGCAUGGCCAAAGCCAUGGUUUCGGAAGCUGGUGUCACGGUCCGGUUCAUGGGCAAUCGAAGUCCUGGCUGGGGACGUCGGGACCGGGGGCAAGAUGGCGGGGUGGGAGCAGGAACGGGAGUCCAGAAGCCAGGAGUCAGGAAGCCAAGAGUCCAAGGGUCAGAGAACUGGGAGUCAAGAAGCCAAGGGUCCGAGGGUCAGGAAGCAAGGAGUCACAAAGGCAGGGGUCCAAGGAGCAAGGAGUCAAGGAGCCAAAUGCAGCAAGGCAGGGAACGUGUUGCUGUGGCAAAGAGCUGAAGGGAAAUGCUGACCUUAUAUCCCUUCCCAGCUCUUGUCACCAGGUGCUGUGAGUUAUCAAUCGGCCUCACCUGUGAGGCCUUGCCUCUUCAGAACAAACUUAGGAAGGCCUCAGUCCUGGUCACAGGGCCUGGCUCCCUGCACGCACCCCUUCUUUCAACAACCCAUAGUUAAGAUCAACCACAGUUUAGGGUUCCAAACAGAAUGCUAAAUGAUCAGCUUCCAAACUGAUGGAGAAGAGAAGGGAGCAUGUGAGUUCAAGGCUUACUUAGGCUCAUUCUGGUCAUUCUAAACUAUGGUUUUAACAUCUGGAUGGGGGACCUCAGAUUCGAGAGCUGAAUGCAGCCCAUCAAGCCCUUCUAUCUAACAAGUGGCUGGUGGCUGACUUGCACAUGUAGUUUUUAAGAGCAAGGUGUCUCCCCAAUCUGGCAUGCACUCUGGGAGCGAUGUACUCAGUUUAGGAACUUCGUAGUCACUGUGGUUUGGGAUUUGUGCAAUCAGGGUGUAACCAGUGAGGAAAUAGCAAUAUACUGGGAAAUGGGUGUGAGCAAUGUAGGGAUCUAAGGAUUUCUUAAAACAAGAAACUGUGUACAGGACAAAAUUGUGUAAAUUGAAGGAGCUCUUGAAAUAUGCUCUAGGAAGGCUCCGAUUUAAUUUGGAUUGCAAAAUACAUUAUUAAUUAAACACGCUACAGUUGUGGGAAGCAAUAAUAAUAAUAAUAAUACAGUGACAUCUUACUUUGUGGGAAGUUGUGUUAGCGCAUAAUUGGGAAUUGGUAGGUUUUGUUAUAAGGAUGACCUUGUGGUGAUUAUACACCUAAAGUUGGCAAUUUUGGGGGAAUGAUAACUGAGACAAAUCAGACGUGUUAAUUGUGCAGUUACCAUUGCCCCCCCCCCCCGCAUUUGAACAAACCAUGCUAGGUUUGCUUUUUAUUUUUAGAAGGUCCUGCAAGCACUUAUGUGCUAAAGAUGUGGGGUAUUUAAUGUUUAAACCAUCAAUAACAAGUAUACAAUGUUAAAUUAGAACAAGAAAUGGUAAGGGUUAAGAUUCCACAGAAACAGUGAGUGCUUUUUCAAGUUGAGAUGAUAUGAUGAAUGUCAUCUUACAUUUUAAAAAGCAAAAAUAGCCAUGCUGGUCCAUAAGAAAAAGUGGUCAAUACCUUUAUUAGGAUCAACAAAAAUGUCACGAAAUAGUGGCAUGGCUUCAUGUUCUCCAAAACGCUUAGAAUCAGGUAGAAUUUCCACUAAAUUCCAGCUCCAUUUUUCUCAGUAAUCUUUGCAACCACAGCUUUAAUUCAAAUGCAUUUUUAAAAAACUUAUUUCCAACUUAUUUAUACAGUGGUACCUCUGGUUACGAACUUAAUUCGUUCCGGAGGUCCGUUCUUAACCUGAAACCGUUCUUAACCUGAGGUACCACUUUAGCUAAUGGGGCCUCCCGCUGCUACCGCGCUGCCGCUGCAUAAUUCUGUUCUCACCCUGAGGUAAAGUUCUUAACUCGAGGUACUACUUCCAGGUUAGCGGAGUCUGUAACCCGAGGUUUUUGUAACCCGAGGUACCACUGUACACUGCUUUUCACCACAAAUGGUCACAAAGUGGUUUUCCACUACCAACAAUAAAACUAUCCAUCCAUCAAAAUAACACAACUGUUCAAAACAAAAAUCACAGGUUAAAAACACAUUCAGUAAGUCGACAUGGCACAACUUGCUUAAAACACCCACUGAGUGCAGAAGGAGAAGGAGGAGGAGGCAUGUCUGAUCUCAGCUUAGGAUGCAGGGCCACAGAAUUGGGCCCACAACACUGACUGCACACUGGAUACAAGCUUUGCAUCUGAGCCAUGGGAAACCACUAACAGAGACUGUCCUGAAAAUCUCAGAUGGGGAAAGAGAUAUAAGGUAUCAAGGAAUCCAGCUGGCACUGUAAAGAAAGAAUUCAGAGUGUACUUAGAGCGUGUUCCUAGUCCUUCCUUUCUGAAGUUGAAUUGUUAGGCAUCACAUGACAUCAGGCGGUCAACAAGUACCCACCAACCUGUCAGAAGUGCAGAGCGUACCUUGGUUCUCAAACUUAAUCUGUUCUGGAAGUCCAUUCCAAAACCAAAGCAUUCCAAAACCAAUGUGUGUUUUCCCAUAGAAAGUAAUGCAAAAUGGAUUAAUCUGUUCCAGACUUUUAAAAACAAGCCCUAAAACAGCAAUUUAACAUGAAUUUUACUAAUGAGACCAUUGAUCCAUAAAAUGAAAGCAAUAAUCAAUGUACUGAACUAUAAAAUAAAUAAGACAGUAUUGUAGAUGAUAUAAAUAAAAAUUAUUUUUUUCCCUUACCUGCACCAAUGAUAGUCAUUGUUUGGAUGCGGGGGGGGGGGGAUUGUUAUCCAUUUCCUCAGUCAUACAAUCAAUCAAUCAAUCACUCGCUUAACUGGGUUCCACACAGUCACAAAAACAAAUUAACCGAAAAAGCUUCAAAAACAAAAGCACCAAACUUAAUCUGUUCUGGAAGUCUGUUUGACUUCCAAAAUGUUCAAAAACCAAGGCGCAGCUUCUGAUUGGUGCAGGCACCCCGGAAACAAUAUCCGGCUUCCAAAAAACAUUUGAAAACCAGAACACUUACUUCCGGGUUUUUGGCAUUUGGGAACCAAGGCGUUUGAGAACCAAGGUACCACUGUACUGGAUUGGGGCUGCCGGUUGCAUCCUGAUUUCAGGUUUAACUCUCUGUAUUGUGGUCCAGGAGGAUUUCAAGGCAAGUGUUCUCUAACCCCGUGUGUCCAGAGAAUAUAUAGAUAUAUUUGAGCACUAAUUUGAGCAAGGGGGAGAGUCUUGCUGCUCUCAGUAGGUGGUGGCAGUCAGUAUUAGCUGGUAAGCUUCCCUUAUUGACCACCUGGGGAGAAGGGCUUGUGAAGGGACCACAAGAAUGUCACACAGAGUCACUUGGAAAGACAGGAUGAAGAUGCAAUAAAAUUAAACACACUGAGCUCACUAUUCUAUUUUGGUUUUGUUUGCAUUUUUGCUUAUAACAGAUGGAGGCUAAAGUGGUGAUGGCCAAGUUCCUGCAGCGGUUUGAAUUCCAGCUGGUCCCGCCUCAGAGCUUUAAGAUUCUGGACACAGGAACACUGACGCCAUUGGAUGGUGUGGUGUGUCGGCUGAAGCCACGCCGUCAGAUGGGCGGGGAAGAAAAUACUUACUAGAAUGUGUUUAAAAGUGCACUUUAUACACGGAGAACUGACAUACCCCCAACCCCUGUGGGUCAGGCUGCCCUCCAGUCAUUCACAAGAUGCUUUUAUGUAAAGCAGUAUCAUGGGUUCACAUGGUUUGAAAUCAAAGGUGUGGGGCUUUGCGAGUGCCGCCAAUCAGUUGAUCUGGUGCUUGCCAAGAGCACAAAGCUUUGUAGAUGCCAAUGAUCUGCUUGGACCCCCUCAUCUCUAAAAUGUGGAUUUUACAACCCUAACCGAACAGUGUAAGACACCACAAUAACUGUUGCAGUGCACUUUACAAGCUGCAGCCAGCUUCCUAGUCAUUUUUGCACUUUUUUGUAUUCAUAUAAAAUUAGCUGAGAGCACUUUUUAAGUUGAUGGGUAGUGGUGGUUUUCCUUUGGCCGCAGAUCACCUUCUGCUGUAAACUUUUCAAAGCUUAGCAACUGUGUGAAAAGCAGAAGGUGGCAACUUUAGAGGUAUUCGCUCCUGUGUGAAAACGAGGAAUGCUUCUGAGAGGUUGGCACUAGUGUGUUAUCAUACAAAAACAAAGAAUGCAUACUUCUUUUCCUGUAGGACUAGGGGUGGGAUUGUUGCGUGAUAACGCUGAGGCCUGGUGCCUCCCCGCAAGGCAGCGUUGCCUGCGAUUCUACACUCCAGUCUCCUAUCACGCUGAUGUGGCCCAUAUCCUGAGACAUGAGCACACAAUGAGCAGAGUUCAAAACUCCUCAGCCGUGAGGAGUAACAUCUAAGCCUAAUGUAUUGCAAAUUAAAUCAAUCGUAACAGAACAAAGAAAACAUGGCCUCUCUGUCUCUUCCUCGGAGGUAAAGGUAAAGGGACCCCUGACCAUUAGGUCCAGUCGUGACCGACUCUGGGGUUGCGGCGCUCAUCUCGCUUUAUUGGGCGUGGGAGCCGGCAUACUGCUUCCGGGUCAUGUGGCCAGGAUGACUAAGCCGCUUCUGGCGAACCAGAGCAACGCACGGAAACACCGUUUACCUUCCCGCCACAGCGGUACCUAUUUAUCUAUUUGCACUUUGACGUGCUUUCGAACUGCUAGGUUGGCAGGAGCAGGGACCGAGCAACGGGAGCUCACCCCAUCACGGGGAUUCGAACCGCUGACCUUCUGAUCGGCAAGUCCUAGGCUCUGUGGUUUAACCCACAGCACCACCCGCAUCCCUUCUUCCUUGGAGAGAGAACUGCAAAAGCAAAAUCAAUACAGAGCGGAAACAGCGUAUCUCAAUUUCCUCUCACAAGACUCCCAAAAUCAGUGCUGGAAUGUAAACAGACAUGUGACAUAUAACAAUCCCACACACAUACCUGCAUCUCGGGAGGAAUGGAAUUCUCAACAUGGAUUCCCCUAACAAGCUCCAUCAGGAGAAGCCCUUCACAAGCACUUGCACUUAAGAAAUGGGUGCCCCCAAAUUGGUUCUGCAGCUGCUUGGGGCGAACCCCAAGAAUAGGGAGGAGUACUCCAUGUGCCAAGCUGAAAUGCUUGCACAGAUGGAGCAUUGCACAGAUGGCGCAAGCGUUUCAUUUCCUCCGUUUUUUCCUCCUAUGCAAAAUUUAAUCAGUUAAUCAACUCCCACCCACGUGAUUGGGUGAUUCUGGUUUGUUAAAUGGGACGCUGUAACCAGGUUUUACAAUAUCCAUCUGUUUCCCAUCUGAGAAAAGGGAGCAAGCAGUGAGACCAAGCCACUGGCGGACUAGUCCUUUCCCAUUAAAUCAGGGGUGGACACCCUUUGGCUCUCCUGAUUCUUGUUGGACUUCAGGCUCCCAUCAUCCCUGCCUACUGGCCAUGCCAGCCAGGGCUGAUAGCAGUCGGAGUUCACAACAACAUCUGGAGGAGCUCAUGCUAGCCACCAAUGCACUAAAAAAAGUCUGGAAACUUUCCUUGCAGCCUGUGAGUCUCCCUAACACUGAGAGAAGUUGUUUCUACAACUGCAUACAGUGGACCAGUGUGAUUAUGCCAAUGUGUUUUGCAUAUAUACGGCCUAUACAGCCUAGGACCCUCGUACCUACAGGACUGCCUCUCCUGGUAUGCCCCACGGAGGACCUUACGGUCUUCAAACAAAAACAUCUUGGAGGUCCCGGGCGACAGGGAGGUCAGGCUGGCCUCAACCAGAGCCAGGGCUUUUUCGGCUGUGGCCCCGAUCUGGUGGAGCGCUCUGUCACAAGAGACUAGGGCCCUGCGGGACCUGACAUCUUUCCGCAGGGCCUGCAAGACAGAGCUGUUCCACCAGGCCUUUGGCCAAGGCACAGUCUGACCCCCUCCUUUGGUAAUCCUCAUAGAACUCUAGCCCAAUGGUUGCCAUUAAUUUGAUUCUGAAUUGAUUUUAGAAUGAAUUGAUUUUAGAAUGUAUUUUAAUUAAUUGAUUUUGAUUUUAUGUAAACUGUGUUACUUUUACUGUUGUUAGCUGCUCAGAGCCCGGCUUCGGUUGGGGUGGGCGGGAUAUAAAUAAAUUAUUAUUAUUAUUAUUAUUAUUAUUAUUAUUAUUAUAUCUUGUUCUACUUUGCUUCCAAGAAAAUACCACUGUCCUGCAAUCUCUUGGCACUACUUCCUAUUCCCAGAUGGACAGCUGAGGGCUCGGCCAUGCUUCUUCAACGCAAUUCUAAAAUAUAGACGUGCUUUUACCCUUGCAAGAUUAAAUAUACUGCCUUCGGCUGUACUUGAGGGACGAUUCCAACAAGUCCCACAUGAAAAACGCUUAUGUCCCUGUGGGAGAUGGCAGUACCGAAUCGGUGGCGCAUGCCCUUCUGGCUUGCACUAAAAAGACUUGAGGAAUGAGGUUAUUGCCCCUCUUUCAUUGUCCAUUCCGGGUUGCCCAACUACGCCACAGUGUCCUUUCUCUUGGCAGAUCAAGAUGAGCAGGUGACAGCAAAGGUUGCAAGGUUUUCAGCCGGGGCAAUUAGAAUAAGAUCCACUAUUUGACUGUUGAUUCAAAACACUAAGAUGUAUUUUAUAUAAUUGACUUUUUAAUCUUUAUUCUUUAUAUAUUUUAUUGUUGUUUUACUGCUAUGGCCGGUGGCUGAUGCAAAUAAAGAUUCAUUCACUCCGUGCUUAGAAAGCAUGGAAUGGAGUGGUUUUCUGUUUCAUCCAUGCUUUCUAGACAAAGGUCCAAGAAAUUUCCUCCUUGCUCCCACUCCUUUGCAAGGGGAAAAAACCCACUCUUUAGUGAUAGAUUGGAACAAAUGGCAAUCUGGGGGGGGAAUCUGAGCUGAGCUGGGAUAGCUCAGGCAGUAGAACACAAGACUCUGAAUAUUAGGGUUGUGUGUUUGAGCCCCAUGUUGGACAAAAUAUUCCUACACUGCAGGGGGUUGGACUAGAUGACCCUCGUGGUCCCUAACAACUGUAUGAUUUUAUGGUUCGAAUUGCUGUUUGCUGUAAUGGAGUUUUAAAGGGUGUUUACUCUGGGGGGCGGAGGGAAGCAGCAGGACGAUAAGAAGUGUGGAUGAACCCCAAAUAUUUGAACCGAGUCAC